AACCCCAACCCACGACAUCACGCUGGCGUGCCCUCACCCAUACUCACGCGCGCACGGUUUUGUCAACUUACCCUCGCGAACCUGCCCCUGCCUAUCCCACCGUCAAAGUGCCUGCAUACUCCAGCUCCAGCUCCUCAUCUGCCCCCACGUCUCCCCUCUUCCCGCCGCCCUACCCAACGCCCCAGUCAACCCUUAACAACACGCCAGCCUCCCAAAUAUAUGCCCUUCCCCCACCCCACAGUCGCACGCACUCCAACUCGUCUGCCUAUUCACUCUCGACCGCGACGUCAUCGCACAUAUCGAGCAACAUCCGCGGCCUCCUGGCCAUACUGGCCCUCUCGGGGUGCACGGACGAGCGCGGGAUCCAUCGCGAGCCGCUGCGCGCGCGCUUCGGCGAUCAGGUGACACAUGUCGCAGACCGCGCUGAGACGCUCUCCAGGAUGAUCAGGGAGGGGGUCGGGAGCGCCUGGUUCGAGGUGCUAGUCGAGAGCGCGCCCGAGCCAGGCCGGAAUGUCCGGAGCCGGAGCGUCGGGAACGAGGUCGGGGUGGAUGGGCUGGCGACCGCGCAAUGGAAGGAAAAAGAGAAGGAGAGCGCUGAAGACCGGGAACCGUGGCGGCGUAUGUUCGAUCCCGCGCUGAUGGAGAACGUGUAUGCUGGGCAUGGUAAUGAGCGGUCGAGGGUGCUGUGUUCGGUCGAGUUUGGCUUGUCGUUGGUGAAGAAGCGGCCUCAGGCGAGUGUGAACGGGGCUGGGGAUGCGUGGAAGGGACGAGAGGUCAAGGGGGCGAGCAACGCCGAUGCGAGGGAUGAUAUGCUGGAGAGCACGUUGCUGCUCAAGCCGAAGGUGCUGCUGGAGAGCGUGAAAGAGCUGCUGUGACAUGCUAUAUCCGUCGCUUUGGAGCUUGAGCCCUGGGCAAGCACACGCAUUCUCGUUCCUUUCCGCUUUCAUUCUCAACCUCACAAGUCCCUCCCUUUUUGUGACACGUACCAGCACGAUCCACCGGCGCUAGAUCGUAUCCUAUGCUUGUGAACCGCAUGUUUUACGCAUGAUUCUCCGCCCGUGAACUUCGAUCUACUGCCGGCUUCAGGACCCCCGCAUGGACGCUGCACCGCUGUCGUCCGUGCGAAGACCCGAAGCCAUCCAUUUCCCCCGCUCAUCAUGGUCGAGUCUAGCUUUUGAUUUUCUCCUCGCAUCCACCAGUCUUGACUGGAACUGUCCGGUCGCAUAUAUACCUCCCAUCCAUGUACUUGUCGCUGUCUCGGUCAUCCGCCAGAUUCCUCUCGUUUUGUGGUUCACGGUUCCUAGUGCUGCUGUCCUGUCGUUCUCGCUCAACUGUUCUGUUAACAUUCCCUGCACGAUGUAUACUACUGUACCACUUAAUAUAAUAUAUCACUCGUCGCUU